ACCCAGGGCCCGUAGACUUCUAAAAAAGUACAUCACACUCACACACGAGUGUCGUUUUCUUUUUUGACAAAAAAUAAUAAUUUUCUUUUUAAUUUAAUUACAAAUAAACAGAAAAAAAAAAAAAAAGUUCGCGAUUUCCAUUUCCAAUUUUUUCUCUCAAUUUUCGAACAUAUAAUUAAUAUUAUAUCAUUUGAUUUAAUUAAUUUUCCCCCGAUUUCUGCACCGAUCAUAUAAGUUCAAGCUCUCUCUCUAAUUCACCUUAAUCGAAGCUCCGCGUAUCAACUUCGCCGGAGAUUCUGUUCCGGCCACCUCACUCCGAUGAACGCUUCAUAAUUCUACACCAUGGCGGAACACGUGACCGCCACCGUGAACGACGGCGAACAAAAACCACAAAAGAACGAACACCACAACAACAACAAAGAUAACAAGAAAGAGAAGAGUUCAGAUCCAGAGCUAUUCUGCUGUCUUCUUCAGCCUCUAACGCCUGACGCUGAUCCCCGAUACAUCGGCAUUCGUCGCCUCCUCCUUCAUCAGAAGGCCGAGGCUGGGAUUCUCCGCCGUAGGGAUUGGCGAUGCAAUGGGAAAACUUACGUCGCAUACCGGAAUUACAUAUGCAGACCUAGGAACUGUGAAAGUCUACGAGCCCCAAGCCUUCAAAGUACUCCAGGAAACAGUGGCCGAUGGAUUCCAUCUUCAAGUCCACUCCCCCGUUGGUCUGAGGUGGACAGCUGGGGUUCUGGGAGGGAUGUCCAAGUUGCAAGUUCAGUAUCCAAUCGUAGAUCAAGUUUUGGCUCUGCCUCAACUGCAAGUGAUUCUGAUCGUCCACGGCAUCGUGGGGUUGAGCAUGCCUAUUCCUUUGUAGGAAUGCAUUGCAUCUUUGACCAGUGCAAAGCCUCUGUUACGGUGUUAAAGUUUGGGCACAAGAGUUCUGACCUACUCGCUUAUGGGGCAUCAGAUGGAACCUUGACUGUGUGCAGUGUUUCAGAGAAACCUUCAGUCAUCAAACAAUUAAGUGGCCAUUCCAAAGAUGUCACAGAUUUUGAUUUUACAUCAAACAAUCAGUACAUUGCAUCAUCUUCGUUGGAUAAAACUGUGAGAGUAUGGGAGAUAGAAAAAGGCAUUUGCAUACGGGUGAUAUAUGGAGUUUCUUCACAACUGUGUAUCCGUUUUCACCCUGUAAAUAACAACUUCCUUUCUGUUGGCAAUGAAAACAAAGAAAUCAAUGUAUUCAAUUUUAGCACUGGAAGGAUAAUUAACAAGUCGUUAUUUGACGCUGGAGUUACCGCUAUGGACCAUGAUCAUACUGGUCAUCUCAUAUUUUGUGGAGAUGCACAGGGAUGUAUAUACUCUGUAAAUAUGAACUCCCACACAGGUAUAUUAUCCCGCUCUCAUCGUCAUCGAAGUAGCAGCAAACACAGAUCUCCGGUAACAACAGUGCAGUAUAGGAGUUUCUCUCUGCUGGCUCGAGGACCUGUGUUGUUGACCUGUACUCAGGAUGGAAAUCUGUCUUUCUUCAGUGUGGCUUUGGAGAUAAAAGGCUAUUUAACUCUUCGUUGCUCGCUCAAAUUAACUCCUCGGAUACACAAAAUUCAAGCUUCUUUCUGCCCCCUUCUUUCUCUUGAAAAAGGAGAAUUUAUUGUUGCUGGCAGUGAGGACUCAAAUGUCUAUUUCUAUGAUUUAACAAAGCCAAAGCAUACAUGUGUAAACAAGUUACAGGGUCAUCGGUUUCCUGUGAUGGGGAUUGCUUGGAACCAAGGAGAAAACUUUUUGGCUUCCUCUGAUUUUUACGGCAUAGUAAUUGUAUGGAAGAGAGAGAGAACAAAUCAGAACAAUAAUACAUAGCAAUAGAAGUUUAAAAGCAUAUAGUUGAGUUAAGGGCUUGUGAAGAUAGCUUCCUUUACAUUGCUUUUCCUUUUUCUUUCGCACUCACCAUUGUCCUUUUGUAUCUUUUGUGCUAUUAUUUUUUGUUUUUCUAUUUUUUCUACAGAGUUCAUUUUGUAUCCUGUAUGUAUUUUGAGGAAGAAAGUUUAUUCUUAGUGAGCCAUGAUUAGGGAUUCUGUAUACGAAUUCUGAAGGGUAUAUUUUGUUUUGACAUUGCUCAUAUUGUAAUAUUAUGCCAUCAAAGAAUAAGGCUGUGUCUAAAUCAACACUUUAUUGGUUGAAUGUACAAAGUACUCAUGCAAAUCCCUUA